GCUCGACACAACCAACACAACAACAACAACAACAACGCCAUCUUUCUUGUAGCCGACGGACGAACCACCGGAGCGGCAGGAGUUGUGAAGUGAAACUGGAUCAGAGGCUCGGUACGAGAGACGACUCGGAGAGGCCUCGCCCCCCGUCAGCCAGUCGCCGCUGUCCGCAGACCUCCCGACGCACGGCGCCGUCCUAUGGUCCAAUGAGUUUGAUCGGUCGAGCAGCUCGAACGCAGUUUUCCUCUUGUGUCGGUCCCGGUUGACGUUGAGCGACGUCGAGUUUUUUUUCCUUCUUCCAUCCUGACGAACAUCCGACGAGGGCAACAGACAGGAUGAAACGAGUUCUCCAAGGGAACGAGCAGGAGGACGGAGGUGGCACCAGCGGCGGCAGCUCUCGGGAGACUCUUAAACGACCCUGCAAGCAGAGGAGGGCGACAGAUUUGGAGGAGGAGGAGGAGGAGGAGGGCGCCCGCUGGGAGUGUCUGCCUCAGGAGAUCCUGCUCCACAUCUUCCAGUACCUGCCCCUGCUGGACAGGGCCUACGCCUCUCAGGUGUGUCGAAGCUGGAACCAGACUUUUCACAUGCCAGAGUUGUGGCGGUGCUUUGAGUUUGAGUUAAACCAGCCAGCCAGCUCCUACCUGAAGGCCACACACCCAGACCUCAUUAAACAGAUAAUCAAAAGGCACUCCAACCACCUGCAGUACGUCAGCUUCAAGGUGGACAGCAGCAGAGAGUCGGCGGAGGCCGCAUGCGACAUCCUCUCUCAGCUUGUGAACUGCUCUCUGAAAACGCUGGGGCUCAUCUCCACGGCCAGGCCCAGUUUCAUGGAGCUGCCCAAAUCUCACUUCAUCUCAGCGCUGACGGUGGUUUUCGUCAACUCCAAAUCCCUCUCCUCCCUGAAGAUUGACGACACGCCCGUGGACGACCCCUCGCUCAAGGUCCUGGUGGCCAAUAACCGAGACACUCUCAAACUGCUGAAAAUGAGCAGUUGCCCUCAUGUUUCACCUGCAGGCAUCCUGUGUGUGGCUGACCAAUGCCAUGGCUUGAGAGAACUCGCUCUCAACUACCACUUGCUGAGUGACGAACUUCUUAUCGCGCUGUCGUCGGAGAAACACGUUCACCUUGAGCACCUCCGCAUUGACGUGGUCAGUGAGAACCCUGGCCAGCAGUUCCACAACAUCAAGAAGAGCAGCUGGGACGCCAUGGUGCGCCACUCUCCGAAAUUUAAUCUGGUCAUGUACUUCUUCCUCUACGAGGACGAGUUCGGCCCUUUCUUCCGUGACGAAAUCCCUGUCACGCAUCUGUAUUUCGGCCGCUCCGUGAGCAAAGACGUGCUGGGCCGCGUCGGGCUCACCUGCCCGCGUCUGGUCGAGCUCGUCGUGUGCGCCAACGGGCUGCGGCCGCUGGACGAGGAGCUGAUCCGCAUCGCCCAACGCUGCACACAGCUGUCGGCCAUCGGCCUUGGGGAGUGCGAGGUGUCCUGCAGCGCCUUCGUGGAGUUUGUCAAGAUGUGUGGCGACAGACUGACGCAGCUGUCCAUCAUGGAGGAAGUACUGGUCCCAGACCACCGCUAUGGGCUGGAUGACAUCCACUGGGAGGUGUCAAAGCACUUGGGUCGUGUCUGGUUCCCAGACAUGAUGCCAACCUGGUAAAAUGUGUGUCUCCCAGUCUUUCUCCUGCUUUUGAGAAAGGUCUUUAACACCAUAUUCUUUUCCUGCCCGAAGUACAUGAAGAUUUUACAUAUCUUUUAGUCUUGAUCUGAUAAAACAUAUGUUCAUUGAUUUCAACUCUACCUUGUCGUUCCCUUGUAUAACUUGUUGAUAUUUAUAUGUAUAUUUAUCUUGUCACUCAUUUAGCACCUUGUUCUCUCAGCCAUUUUUCAGGGUCUGUGAAACCUGGCAAAUUUGUUUAUGUACAGUGUUUUGGGAGUAUUCAGGGGUGACACUUUUCCAUGGGAAAUUAACAGGAAUUACUGGGAAUGAAUGAGAAAUGAUUUGAAUCUACACAGGUUGUAAUUACUUCAUCAUGUGUAGACAGAUUUAUUUUUUAACACGGUGAGCUGGCAUACGUACAAAUCCCUCUAAUAGAGAUCUGAAACUGAGUUUGAUUUCAGUUGAGUAGCUUGACAUGCAUAAUCAAUAGAUUUGUCAUCAUCACGCAUUGCAUAAUGUCUUUCAGGUCAGGCAGUCUCCACUUGUAAUGGGGAAAAAAUGAGCAGUACAUUAACCGGGGAUCACUAUUAUAAAUCCAAUAUGCUUUUGUUGAUAUUCAGUUAAGAUUCAAAAUUACCAACUUUCACUGUCGUGUAAGGUUUUUUGAAUUGUCUCCUUCCCCCCCCGACACAUCCUAAGUAGUGAGGCAUUGUGACUGUACCAGAAUCAGAAACAUUUAAUUUUAAAGGGAUGGUCACCGUGUGUAUGAAACUCUUUAUAGAGAUGGUCGAUCACGUGACUACAUUCAGGUGGGCAACAGCAUAUAGAGGUUCCACGUUGAAGCCGUAUGUUUUUGUUUGGUUGUGGUCUCCAUGUGUGUGCGUCAUUGUUUAUCUUCUUGUCUUUGAUUUUGUUUCUGAGUUACUGCUUCUCAUUCAGCAGUACAACAGAACUGUCUCUAUCAAUCCUCCGAUUUGAAAUAUAUAUAUAUAUAUAUGUUUGAGCAUAUUUUUGUAGCUAUAUUUCUGCGUUACCUGACACGUUUCUAUAUGUUAAUUGUACAUAUCAGUGUCAAAUUGCAAAAACAAGCAGGGAGGAAGAAUUUUUAAUCGUCAACGUUAUAUAUAUAUAUAUAUAUAUAUAUAUAUAUAUAUAUAUAUAUAUAUCUGUACAUUUACAGAAUCCUACUGAUCCACUUUGACUCUAAUGAAUGGCACAAGACGAGCUACAAUGUCAUUAGGGCGUGAAAUUGACGGGUAAAUUUUGGCAGUGGUCAGUAAAUCUGCCAAAUGGAAAAAUGAAAUCAUCAGUUGGCAGCACUAAAAUGGAAAUCUUCUGGGAAAAGGGUUGAAUCUUACAUGCGUGACAGCACAUUCAUUGCUAAUAGUCUAUGCAGUCUUUAGUCCCGCCUAAGAAAGAUAUAUUCUGCUUUAGCAUUUGCAAAAUAAGAGGUAAAUGUACUUAAAGCUGCAAACUAAAGGGUCUCUCUGCUGGGAACUCGGAAAAAAUGAUCGACAGGUCUUUAAAAAUCAGAUUCAUCAUUGUUUACUUGUGAUGUUUGCGAACGGCAGAGAAAGGACUUUAUGUUUAAUAAUGAUUCAAUUGACAAACACAGAUAUAUCGUAACAAAACACGACCAGUCCAGGUCUGCACAAUUAUGACCAGGGUUCGGAUCGGGUUACUUGUAAAUGUAGCCAGUUAUUGCAUAAAAAAUGCGAUAAAUUUCUUGUAAUUGAGUAAUCGUAUACAUUGGGUUACAAAAGAUAUUCGUAAUCUGAAUAGUUUUUGUUACUUCAAACAAAGUAAGCAUUGAACCUUUUUCUAAAAAUGGAUACAGCCACAAAUUUGGAGUCUUAACAAAAAAUGUUUUCUCUUGAAACAAAUCUUAAAACAUUUUAGCAUAUUCAGCAUUUACAUGUUUAGCUAAUGAGAUAAGCGACAGUUGCAGAUGAAAAUGAGCACUGCAGCGACAAUGGUUAAAACGGAAUUCAAGCUAAACCCCGCCCACCGUUAGUCUGCAACAUUAGCUAUCUGAGGAGGAAACUUACGUUGAAGUGGAAUUUCAGUUCUUUGCAGAUGACAACUGUAUUUUGGACUUGCACAAAUUGGACCCAGAUGUUCUUGUGUUGGAACAUUUAAGCAUUUAAAGUGAUGGUGAUUUUGCCACGAGUGGAAAGCUAAUUUGGAGGAACAGCUUCGGCUUGAACCUUCGAUCUAGACUCAACACUCUUUUUUUUCUUUCCGUCGCUCGUCAAUGAAUGUAGCGCACUUGCGAUUUUCGUUAACCGUGAGCAUUGUCAUGAAAACAAUGUUCAGGAUAAUGUUUUUAAAAUGUUAUAAAAAUGUCAUGUGGUAUUUGACAGUUUGUAAAGUGCAAUCUGGGUUGAUUUUUUUUUUUGAAUCUGGUUAUUUAAACCUGAUUACAUGUAAUCUGUUACUGCCUAACCCUGAAUAUGACUUAAUACUGUGUUCUUUGCAACAAGUUUCUCAAGAUGUUUUAAGAUAAGAACAUAUUUUGCUCAACUUCAAUUGAUGGUGGUACUUUAGAUUUUGUCCUAUUUCAUAUUUAGCUGUUGCAUAAAAAAACAGUAAGCGUCUUACGGAAAGUAAAUGUGAAAACUGGGAUUUUUUUAAUGGGGGGUAAUCGUGCAGCCCGGGGGACAGGACUGUGUGGCAGCUGAAUGUUGUUAUAAAUUAAUGAAUGUUUAGGAGGAAUGUUUAAGAAUGAAAUAUUCUAUGUCCUGCAAUAGGGUGAAAGAAUAAAAGUUGGAACAUGUCUUAAGAUCUCGGACCGUGCAAUGACAAGAGACCUGUAAAUAACAAUUUUCUGUUAAAAUACAUUAUUGUUUAACUGGGUUGAAAUGUUUUGUGUAUUUUGUUUGAAAAUGUUAACUGGAAAAAAAUAUAUAUUUCUUCAUUUGUCACCCUUUAAUAGGGACACAUGAUGAUUAUGUCUUGCUUUUAUGUUUCUGAAGGUCAACAAGGCCUGUCAAAGGACAACGUGCCAUUUGCUGGUUAACAUUCACUGCAUUUUUAGUCCAGUGCUUAAAGAUGAUCAUUGUGAUGUUGACCUAUAGCCCGAGUAGUGGCUGCAGUAUUUUUUUAUAGUGUGCAUUGACGGAGUGUUGUUUUCAUUUUAGCUAAACAAGGCUGCAAUUGUACUGGGAUUUAUUGGAAGGUAAACCUCUUCUACUUUCCCUAAAGAGAUGUAAUAUGAAGUGAAGUUCAUAGCCACAUUAAAAAUGCUUGGUUGGA